UAAUCCAAAUAAAUAUUCCGUCGCUGUCAAAUCAAUUUUCGUUCGCCUUUGUCGAGGAAAAUAAAUCGGUGAAUCAGCUUCGUGGAUUAUUUAAAAGUGUUAUUUAAACAUGACUUCUACUAUGCCAAACGACGGUGAUAGAAACGAGGAGCGUCGACGCCGGGUGUUGCUGGGUCCGCUGCCGGCUGGUUUCCUCCGUGCCGACGGAGACACUGCCGCAGACAAUGCCAUGGACGCAGACUAUCAAGCAGCAUUGGCACUGCAGCAGCAACUAUGUGGUGCGCAGGUCCCCGCUGCAGGGCCACCGUUGACAGCGAGGCUGAGCAUCACUAUAGCUCAGGCGAAGUUGGUUAAGAACUAUGGACUGACCCGUAUGGACCCCUAUGUGCGUCUGCGUGUAGGUCACUGCAUCUACGAGACCCACACGGACCCCAGCGGUGGAAAGACCCCGCGCUGGAAUAAAGUUAUUCAUUGCUUGCUGCCCCCCGGUGUGAACUCGGUGUACCUGGAGAUCUUUGACGAGUGCUCCUUCACCAUGGACGAGCUGAUCGCCUGGACUCACAUUACCAUCCCGCAGGCCGUGCUUAAUGGCGAGACACACGGGGACUGGUACCCGCUGAACGGGAAGCAGGGCGACGGAGUUGAAGGCAUGAUCAACCUCGUGCUCAGUUACUCUGUGGGACCAGCGGCCGUGGCAACCUUCCCCCCAGUUCUGGUAGUCCCCAGCACGGGAAUGGGUUACGCCGCCAUGCCGGUGUACCCCCAACAGCAAUCCAUGCAGCCCCCGCAGCAGAGGGCCCAUCCGCCCCCACCGCCCCCUAUCACACCUGAGCAGAUACAACAGAUAGAAGAAAUGUUCCCAAGCAUGGACAAGGAGGUGAUCAAGUCCGUGCUGGAGGUGAACCACGGCGACAAGGACGCCACCAUCAACUCUCUCCUUCAGAUGUCCGAAUAGUGACGUCACACAACAGGACACUGGGCGGUACUGGUCGAUGUUACUUUACAUUUCAAAUUCAUUCUUAAGGGUUUAUUUGCUUAGCAUUGUUUUUGGCAUACAAAGGGAGCUUGGGCAACAUUAUCCCAAGAAUUGUUGCAAGCAUUAGUUUUUAAAGCCUGGCAAGAUUUAAUAUAGAGAUAAUAAUAGCACACACAGUGCAAGUGUUAUUUUAAACGUCAAACUUCUAUGAAAUGAUGACGUACAAAUAACACUUGCACUGCGUAUGCUAUCAAAAUCGAUGCAGACUUUUCUUGGUCUAACUCUACAGAUUUUUUACACCACACUCGGGUUUGAGUCAUUGAAACGUUUAACUUUUUCAGUUUUUGGUCUCUGUUAAAAAUACUUUCAAACUUAUAUCGUCUAGUAUACGUUUAGUGUCAUAUUCAAGUAAUUAUACAAUACUUACUUACAGAAUAUAAGCGCUUAGCAUUCGCUUUUACAUCUCGCUCUUUUAGUCACAUAUUAAAGGUAUUGUUUGAUAACGAAAGUGCAGCAAGUUUAACAUUUCAAUUUGUGCAUAAACAAGAGUUUAUCAUUUAUAUGCGGCUUUAAGAGCAUUAAAUAUCUUAAUCAGAUUAAGAUUUUAGAUUUAAAUAAGCUGUAUAAACUCAUUAUAAAAUCGUUAAUAAUAAUAAUACAAGGGGAAAUUAUAAUCAAAAGCAUAGACAAAAUAAUACUGACUCGUCAAGUAGUAGUAUAGCCGUAAAGACGGUGUAAGUAGAUGGCGCUGUACGGUUGAGUGAUAACUGGAUUGUCAAACGUUUGCGCUUGAUAACAUAGUUACUGCAUUAUUAUUGCAACGCCAUCUACAUCAACUGUCAAAUUUGAGGCUAUAAAGUUUUUCAUUACUUUACGUAUGUUAGUAUUAUUUUGUCUAUGUUUAAAACGAUGGAACAGCCCCAAGAAGUUAAACAUUUUUAGUCUAAAGCAAAGUACGACGUUUAUAAGAAUAGUAAAUAGUUCAAAUAGAAAGGCGCUUUUUAAUCUCUUUAUAGAAAUGAAUCGGCCUUAUUAUUAUAAAGACUAGCUUCAUAUUGCACUAUAAGUAACAUCAAAUAAGAAAUCAGUCUAUUUUAAUCAAUAUUAUAAAAUUUAUAAAACAAGUUUUUAAAUACAUAAAGUCAAAGAAUACAUUGUUUUACAAACUGUAAUAAAUGUCAUAUACGAAGAAAAACUGACCAAGGCCUUCAGAAACAAUUCACAAAUAAUUUAAGUUGUUUCUUAAAGUUAAAACGUUGUUUAAUCAAUUAUUUUCUCGUUUAUGACAUUUAAAUUGUUUAAUAAUCCCAAGGCAACGGAUUAUUUCACAUUCCACAUCUUUAAUACUCUAUUAUAAAUAAUACAUAAUGAAUUAAUGACAAUGUCAUAGACUAGAAAAUAGUUGAUUAUUGAUACCUAUAACAUUUUAAUGUUUUUAAUUUUUCUUACCUACCUACUUAUUAUAUUAAUUUCGAGCAUCGACAAAGUAUUUUGCUCAAUUUAUUUUAUUGGCAAUAACACCAAAUUCAACAUUACAGUAGAAUAUUAAAUGUGAUUUUAGUAUAUUUAACAAAACUAUCGGUCGAUACUAGAGAUGGGCCGAAUAUUAAUUGAGUCCUAGUCGUCCAUUAAUAACAUCACACAAAAUUUCGAUUUUUUUUAGACUUCGCACCCUAUUCGCUUGUCACACUUUCACAUGCUGUCACACUUAGCAUGACCCCCCCUCCCCCCUGUUGCUGUGACGUAAUACACAUCAUGUUGUUGCAUUCUUUUGCCUAUAUGGCAUUCAUUCAUCCCUCCUCAUUACAUGCCCAUUUACUUAAUACAUGUAUUAGUAUGUUAAAUAUGAACCGAAUGAGUCGAAUAUUCGUAUUCGGCAAUCUCCAUAGAUAACUCUGUCCAUCUCUAGUCUUUACAUAUUGGAUGUGGAACCACUUCAGAGGUUUCACUAGGCACAGAAUUGUAGUUGUCACGUUACGUACACGUUAGUAAAUAGACGACAAAUAGAAAAGUGAUAAUUAUUGUUGUAUGUUGGUAGUGGCACAUAAGUUUAGAUGGCCAACGGAAGACAUUAUAUAGAAUAUGGUAUUGCGUAUCAGAAACUGUAAGCAAUAAUUUUAACUCUAUUAAUUUGUCUUUUGUCAAAGACAAACCUGACUUUUAGUUAAACAUUAUAAAAAAAUCUUGCAGGGAACGUAUCAAAAUGGAAAUUGACUUGACUUUGUUUGCUUCAGAAGGUUCCAGAAACGCUGCAUUUAAAUAAAAGUUGUUAGAACUUAACGGAAAAAUUUAAGGUACUUACUGAAAAUACAUAUAGGUAUAUUAUAUACUUAAAAAAAACACGUUUUAAUUAUGAUUGAUUCAUUAGCGAUUGAUAUGUUACGUUAUUGUUUACAUGGCAUAUUAAUAUAAUAAUACCCCAUAGCCAAGGCUUGUCAGCUAAAGUGCCAAAUUAUUUGCCGUCGGUGCAAUGCUUAAAUGAAUAUUAUUGUUGUAUUUAUUUGUAAUUUUACAAUGUAUAAAUAAAUUAUUAACUACUUA